GCUGCUUACAAAUCACAUGUUCAACUAUCAUCAGUGAUGUUACGAUAAUAAGUCAUUAAUGUGUUUCUGAAGUUCAAUUUUGAAAAUAAAAAUAUAUACAAUGAGACGUGCACGAAUUAUAGCAACAGCUAAUAUUCCAGUUAGACGUAAAUUUCAAUUAGAAAAUGCUAAAAAAUUAGAGCAAUCUGCCAAUGAUGAAAAUAAGAAGAAUGAUGAUAAAGGAGUUGAUAAAGAUCCAGUUAAUGAAGAAAUAAUAAAGCAAUCUGAAUCGACAAAUAUUCAAAUAAUUGAUGAACAAGUCAAAAAUACUACUGAAAAAGAAAAAACAUGUGACUCUCAAAAAGCAGAACCAGUAAUCACGUUUGUCAAUCUCGAUCCAUCUGUUCCAGCUGAAGCAAAAAAGCCAAAAGUAAUUGAAAAUGUUGAAGUAAAACCACCAACAUCAACUACUGAAAUAUCAAGUUCUCCAUCAAAAGCAAUAACAAGCCGAGUUUGUUUUAUGAGGCCAGUUCCUCGAUUAGAUGGACAUGGAAGAAUUAGAAGAAAUAGCAUUCAAGGGAGUGGAGCAAGUGCAAGUGAAUCUGAAGAUGACACACGUCGAAAUACAAAUUCAACAAAUCAUCUUAAAACAUCAGACAAUUCAUCACAAAAUGGUGUUGACAAUGAAACUAAUAGUAAUAAUAUUAAUAAUAAUGUUUCUAAUAAUUCAAGUGGUGCAAAUUCCAAAAUUAUUAUGAAACAAAAACGAAAAAUGGUUAUAUCUGAGUCAACUAGAAAAUUAGCAGAAGCAAGAAGAGAAUUUCAGCUGAAGCAUGAAAAUAAGCAGCCAGAUAGAACAAAGCUAACAAUGUAUGAUUUAAUUUAUUACAAUCCUGCUUCAAAUCCUAUGAAAAAAACGGGUGAUUCUCCGAUAAAUAACACUGUACCAGAAACGAAUACUGAUGAACAAACUGAAGAAGAAGUAGAUGAUCCAACAGAAACUGCAAUGCCUGUACCUCAAGUUAAAGUAGGUCCUGAUGGUCAGUUAAUUAUAGACGAGCAAAGUCUUGUCAUUGAAAGAACUGGAGUAAAGAAAAAUCGAGAAGCUCUAGCAAAACGCCAGGCUAUUGUUGACGAUGAUGGCAGUUUUGGUGGAGGGUUUUAUAAAAAAAGAAAGAGAGUUAAAGAAUGGCCCAAAUGGGAAACAAUUAAAUUUUAUAAAGCAUUAAGUACAAUUGGUACUGAUUUUUUACUCAUGCAAAGUUUAUUUACAAAUCGAUCUCGGCAAGAAAUAAAAAUGAAAUUUAAAAAAGAAGAAAAAUUAAAUAGAAAACUUGUUGAAAAGGCUUUAAGUAGUAAAUUAGAUUUCGAUGUUGAUACUUUAAAGCAAGAUUUGGAGACGUUUGAAAAAUUUGAAGAAAGUUUAGAAAAAUCUCCACCUGUGAUUGAAGAAAAAGUCAUUAAAAGACGUAGAUUAUUUCGUAGAAUGGCAGUUACUAGCCUCGGUGAUGCUGGUAAACCUUCAGAAACUGAUGAAAAAAUUGAAAAAGAAGUAAAAAAACUGCCUAGAAAACGAAAAAAUUUUAGUAAAGAAAAAGUGUCAAAAACAUCAAAAAUGUCGGUGUUAUCUUCAGGUGAAUCUGAUUGUGAUGCAUGUGAUGAUACAGAUAGUGAUAGUGGUACAGAAGUCUAUCGACCACGACCAACUCGUUCUGGAAGAACUCCCAAAUCAAAAACUAAAAAUCGAGCAAAGCAGAUUCUUGAUAGUGUUUUUAAAGAUAAUAAACCAAAAAAGAAAAUUAUGAAAGAAAGUACAACGAAUAACGCAAGUGUAGAAUUAUUUGAAACAAACGAAAGUCAAUCGAUAGAGACUGAAAAUGACCAAGCAAUGAUUAUAGAAAGUAUUGGAACUUCAGUGCCCGACAUUAGUUCCGUAGAACCAGGAUCAUUGGUGAUAGUGUCAAAUGAGUCAGCGGAAGAACCUGGAAAAACAGUUGUUCAAGUUUAUAUGGUCGAGUCAAAUAUUGAAGAAAUAGGAAACACUUUUUCAAAAACUCUUAAUCCAGUGAAUGAGAUUGAAUCAGAGUUAAUACCGACUGUUACAGAAGAGUUAACCACAACUUCGACUCUUGAUAAUUAUGAGAAGUAGACUGAAAUAUUUAUCAUAAAAUUAGUAUAGCAAUUAGUAAUGAAUUUUCAUCUUUAUAUGUUUUUUUAGUUAUUGACAAAGUUUAAUACGUAAGUUUCUUGUAUAAUAUUCUUGAAAUAUUAAUUGAUAUAUUAUAUAUCAAAAAAAUACUUCAAAUGUAAGUAA